AUGGCUGACACUGAAUACAACGCCGAGGAGGCUGCUGAGAUCAAGAAGAGGAGGCAAUUCCGCAAGUUUUCUUACCGUGGUAUCGACCUCGACCAGCUCCUCGACCUCUCUUCGGAGCAGCUGCGUGAUGUUGUCCACGCCCGUGCCCGCCGUCGUUUCAACCGCGGUCUGAAGCGCAAGCCCAUGGGUCUCAUCAAGAAGCUCCGCAAGGCUAAGCAGGAGGCCAAGCCUAACGAGAAGCCCGACCUCGUCAUGAUUGGCAGCGUCAUCGGUAUCUACUCCGGAAAGGAGUUCAACCAGGUUGAGAUCAAGCCCGAGAUGGUUGGUCACUACCUGGCUGAGUUCUCUAUCUCCUACAAGCCUGUCAAGCACGGUCGUCCCGGUAUCGGUGCCACCCACUCUUCCCGUUUCAUUCCCCUGAAGUAAAUGAAUUCAAACGAUUCCCCUUGGAGUGGCGUGUGGUGGAGAAG